GAGCUUCAGAUCCUUGAGGUCCCUUCCAACCCUGGUUGUUCUGUGAUUCUGUGAGGAAUUCAGAUGGAAAGUCUGCUUUUGUCUAAAAGGAGAGGAAUGGGAAGCUGCGUGUGUGGUAUGUGAGCUGGGAAUGUUUGCAUUGGUGGCAAAUAGGGAUACGUUUUGUGUAAACAUUUUGCACACUCAUCCCCUGAACAACCCAUUCAUAGGAAUCUGAUGAGUUGAGUGUCUCAAUUUGCAGUAGAAAGCACUGCAGGAACGCAGUACUUCUUCCAGCUUCAUGAGAGGAAUGGACUGACAGGAGCUCAAGCGUGUCUCAAAUUGCAUUUGACCCCCAACAUCUCAUGAACUCUAUAUAACAGCUGUCAGAUUGUUAGACUGACCUGAAAUGCUUAGUUUAAAAUAUGAUCUGCGUGUAACUAAAGCUGUUGCCUGAAAGGGCAGUAGGAAUGGGAACAGAGGAAAACAACACACUUCUCCUUAAUAGAUAGAGAAGGGAAGCGUUGGUCUGAAUACAUUAUAGUUGUUGGCGAGACCUUGCCAGAGUGAAUGUGCAUCAUGUUGCAAACUGAUGAAGGGCUUUAAUGGAAAUGGAGGACAGUCAGGGGCAAUGAAAAAGCUUCUAAAAGGCUUCUCAACUGCAUCAUCUUUUUUCUUUUUUUUUUUCUUUCUAUCUUUUUCUUACAUUAAGUAGACUCUAUGUGUGUUAAAAGAACUGCAAUUAGCUUAAAAGGUGGUUUCAGCGUAACAUAAUUGGACUUUGUGUUGUCUCAGACCAGCUGUGGGGGCUGCAGGUACACAGAGAGGCACCAUGGCUGCAUGCUGCAGCUCCCUGCAGCGUUGCCACACAGACGUGAGGAUCCAAGGCUGCCACUUCACUCUGUGUUCACAUCUUCGGCGGCGAGUGUUCCCUGCGCUGCUGCUGCUGCAGAGAAGCCCUGCCGGCCCCGGCAGCCCCGCGUGCGUCGCACCUCCUCACUGGACACCAUCGUGGGCUCCUACCUGCUGGGGCAGUGGCCACGGGAUGCUGAUGGAGCUUCUGCCUCGUGCAUGAAUGACAAAGCUACCCAGACCCCGGUGUCCUGGCAUGAUGCAGAAGUGGGAAAAGCCAGCUCCAGUGCUCACAAGCGUUCUGCUUCCUGGGGUAGCACAGAUCACCGCAGAGAGAUUGCCAAACUGAAGCAGCAGCUCCAGCGAACGAAGCUAAACGGCAGAAGUGGCAAAGAAAAGGAGAAGAGCUCCCCUCUGCAGGGGGACCACGCCGUGCUUGGAUCGCUGCAGGACUCUCCUUCAGGCUUCCUUUCUCUGUCUCCUGUUUUGAGGCUCAGUCCUUGCUUGCACAGGAGCCUGGAAGGGCUAAACCAGGAACUAGAGGAAGUGUUUGUGAAGGAACAUGGAGAUGAAGAGCUUUUGAGGAUCUUGGAUGUCCCAGAUGGCCACAGAGCACCAGCACCUGCUCCGAGAGGCUCUGGGGAUGCCUCCCUGAUGCUGGAGCCCAGCAGUGGCAGCUGCAGCAGCCUCUCGCUUUCUCCUUCCCCUUCUGUGCCUCUCCGCCUUUCUCCACACACUCCAGUGAGACUGGUGGCAGAAGAACUCUCCUCUGCUGUGGAUGAGGUGCAGCUGGAUCCAAAAGAGAAAGAGGAGGGCAGCCCUUCUCCAGUGCUGGCUUUCGCUUCCUCUCCUCGGCCCAACCACAGCUACAUGUUCAAACGGGAGCCUCCUGAGGGAUGUGAGAAAGUCCGGGCCUUUGAAGAAGCUUCCUCCAGCCCUGACCACACCUUUCAGCCUUCCUGCCCAGAUAAGAACAAAGUGCACUUCAACCCCACGGGCUCUGCCUUCUGCCCGGUCAGCCUGGUGAAGCCUCUCUUCCCAAACGUGGGCUUUCUCUUUAGCAGGGGCUUUCCAGCAUCAUCCAGCCCUGGCACGGGCACGUUUACAUCCUGCCAGCCCUCGGCCCCCACGCCAUUCCUUGGGGCACGGAAGGACGCUGCUGUAGAUAACUUCAGCGACGCCUCCAAGUCGCCUUCACUCAAUUAUGAACACUGGAAACGUGGGCAGCCAGAGGAGAACGUCGUCUUCCACAGCUCCCUCGUUGUGUGAAGCCUUUGGGAAAGUUAGCCAGCAACAGCAGCUCUGGCUCCUCAGUGCACCUCGGCCAUCCCGUGGAGAUCAGUGCCUUGAGGUUGGGACUUGACAGCGAAGGGGCAGCGCUGGGCCUGAAAACCACAGCGGGCUGCCAAGGAUGAAAGCAGCUGUGAAGGACCACGUUCCACAGGACUCCUCGCUGCUGCGGGAGGGGCUCAUUUCCCCGAGCCUCCCCUGCUGAAAGCACUUUCCUGCGUUGAAUUGUCAUUUCCUGUAUGAUUGUUUUGCUGGUGAAGAGCAGCUGGGCACCCCUGCCAUGGGUGGAGCUGCGCACCGGGCCUCUGAGUGCAGUUGAGCCGAGAGGAUUCAGGUGGAGCUUCCCAGUGCUUCUCAUCCCUGCUGCUGCCGCUGCCUGGUGCUUGCUGAGCUCUGGGAGGUGGGAAGGGGGGAAGGGUCUCGUAGGACGGCUGCUCCGGGGCCGUGGGAGCUGCUGUUGAUCUGUAGUGGUGACACAGACAGCAGCGUUCUCUGCCUGCGCCUCCAUGGACGCCUUCAGCCCCUGAAACCCCGGAGCUUUGGGAGCCCUGAGGCAGCUGUGCUGAAUGGGGGGAGGGGGGGGAGCACAGGUGACCGAAUGCCGCCUUCUGCAGGGGGAGGAAAACUUGCCUUACUGCAAGGAGUGAAGGAGAGAGAUGGUGGCUGCUCAGGAAUGGCAGAGCUGCCUGCCGGUGUCCCCGGUGCUGCGGCCACAUUGCAGGAAGAGAGGAUGGGAAACAAACUGCGGUGCUGGAAGGCGCCCGGCCAUGAGCCCACACAGCUGCACAGCGGGGCUGGGGCUGCCUGGGGGGGGUGUGGGGUUCGUGGGCCGCAGAGCGGAAAGCAGAGCGGUGACACGAGGACACAGAUGGUAAAAAGCCUCUUAACAGCGGCGUUUGGUUGUGUUCUGUUGCAAAGGCUCUGGGUUGUACUGAAGAAGCCUAUUUUCUUAUAUCUGAUGUAGAAACUCUAUUUUCUUCCAAAGACACUAUUUUUGCAGCUGUUUGAAGUUUGUAUUUUAUGUAUGUAUUGCAAAGCUUAAAGGAGGAACGUUAGAUUUGGAGUUGUGUUUAGAGGGGUUUUUGCAGAUGCUGGUGUUGACAGUUACAUGGAGAAAAUAAACUAUUUCGUGCAUCCGA